GCAGGCAUCCGGCAGGCAGAGCAGAGAGCUAGCUUCUCGCUUCACGCAUAUGUUGUUCUCAUCUACAACUCCUGCUUAGCUGGUCUCAGGUUUUAACUCUCGCGUGUACGAGCCUAAUUAACCGCCGGGGGGAAGGGAAAGAAAUCUUUUCGCCGCAAGUCCGGAACCAUGACCAUCGUCGGCAACGGGGCCUCCGCCACCGCGGCGAACACCGGGGAAGGGCAGACGGUGUGCGUGACGGGCGCCGGCGGGUACAUCGGGUCGUGGAUCGUCAAGCUCCUCCUCGACAAGGGGUACGCCGUGCGCGGCACCGUCAGGAACCCCGAUGACGCGAAGAACGCGCACCUGAGGGCGCUGGACGGAGCGGCGGAGCGGCUGGUGCUGUGCAAGGCCGACCUGCUCGACGGCGCCGCGCUGCGGCGAGCCAUCGCCGGAUGCCACGGCGUGUUCCACACGGCCUCGCCGGUUACCGACGACCCGGAGGAGAUGGUUGAGCCGGCGGUUCAGGGCACGCGCCACGUCAUCGCCGCCGCCGCCGAGUCCGGCACCGUCCGCCGCGUCGUGCUGACGUCGUCCAUCGGCGCCGUCGCCAUGGACCCCAGCCGCUCCCCCGACGCCGUCGUCGACGAGUCCUGCUGGAGCGACCUCGACUUCUGCAAGAACACCAAGAACUGGUACUGCUACGGGAAGACGGUGGCGGAGAAGGCGGCGUGGGAGGCGGCGGCGGAGCAAGGGGUGGACCUGGUGGUGGUGAACCCGGUGCUGGUGGAAGGGCCGGCGCUGCAGCCGGCGGUGAACGCCAGCCUGAUGCACGUGCUCAAGUACCUGGACGGCUCCGCCAGGACGUACGCCAACGCCGUGCAGGCGUACGUCCACGUGGCGGACGCCGCCGCGGCGCACGUGGCGGUCUUCGAGGCGCCCGCCGCCGCCGGGCGCUACCUCUGCGCCGCCGACGGCGCCGUGCUCCACAGGGGCGACCUCGUCGCCAUCCUCACCAAGCUCUUCCCACAGUACCCCGUUCCCCAAAGGUGUUCCGACGAGGUGAACCCGAGGAAGAAGCCGUACAAGAUAUCGAACCAGCGGCUGCGUGAGCUGGGCCUGGAGUUCAGGCCCGUGGCCCAGUGCCUCUACGAGACUGUCGUGAGCUUCCAGGAGAAGGGAAUUCUCCCGGCCCCGGCGCAGCCCUGAAAGCGAGCCAAGCCCGUAUAUGGAAUCAAAGUCAACAAAAGCUAUAGCUGCAUGUUUUAAAGUUCAGACUCUCUGUUGCCAGCUCUAUGGCCCAUGGAUGAAGUAUGUACAGUCAAUGUAUGGAUCUGUAUCAUGUGUUUUUAGUGUUCAGUUGUUGCUCCAAGGAGCAAACAAACGGUAGCAGUUUGAACUCUUUUGUUGGUAGUUUUGUUCUCUAAAGUA